CUCUCGCUAGCUUGGAAACCCUAGACGUCGACCUGAGAAGAUGAAGUUUAACAUCGCAAAUCCAACCACUGGUUGCCAGAAGAAGCUCGAGAUCGACGAUGACCAGAAACUACGUGCGUUUUUUGACAAGAGACUCUCCCAAGAAGUCAGUGGAGAUGCGUUGGGCGAGGAGUUCAAGGGAUACGUUUUCAAGAUCAUGGGUGGAUGUGAUAAGCAAGGUUUCCCAAUGAAGCAGGGAGUUUUGACUCCAGGCCGUGUUCGCCUUUUGCUUCACCGAGGAACUCCUUGCUUCAGAGGACAUGGAAGGAGGACUGGUGAGAGGAGAAGAAAGUCUGUUCGUGGUUGCAUUGUGAGCCCGGACCUUUCUGUUCUGAACCUUGUCAUUGUUAAGAAGGGUGAAAACGAUCUUCCCGGUCUUACUGAUACCGAGAAGCCAAGAAUGAGAGGACCAAAGAGAGCCUCUAAGAUCCGUAAAUUGUUUAACCUCAAAAAAGAAGAUGAUGUGAGAACCUAUGUCAACACUUACCGCCGCAAGUUCACAAACAAGAAGGGCAAGGAAGUGAGCAAAGCCCCUAAGAUCCAGAGGCUUGUGACUCCAUUGACUCUUCAGAGGAAGAGAGCCAGAAUCGCUGACAAGAAGAAGAGAAUUGCCAAGGCUAAUUCUGAUGCUGCUGACUACCAGAAGCUUCUUGCCUCAAGGUUGAAGGAACAGCGUGACAGGAGGAGUGAGAGUUUGGCAAAGAAGAGGUCUAGGCUCUCUUCUGCUGCAGCCAAGCCCUCUGUUACAGCUUAAAAAGCUUGAGAAUCAAAUCAAAGAUGUUACAUUUCCUAGUUUUGUUCUCUUUUUUUACUCUGGCAGUUGAAAAGUUAGUUCCGAGUUCAUAUUUCAGCUGUUGUUCCAUCAUCACUUCUGGCUUGUUUCUUAAUUCAUGCUUUUAGUUGAAGACUUUUUAAACUCAAUUCUUUGUUGUUUCCCCUUCACUUAUUUUUGUUCAAGGCAUUACUCAA